CAGCGCCGCCUCCUCCGUGCCGCACCCCACCCCCUCCAGCGGCCCCUGAAGGUGCUGGAGGGCUCGCUCCCGACACGGCGGCCAGGCUGGGUGAAGCGAGAGGAUAAAGACUAGCAGACUGAGAGGAGGUGGCGGCGGGGUUUUCGCCCUCGGGGCGCUCCUCGCCUCCCCACGCGGGCAACUAAUGGAGUCCUUGCAGUCUGAGGGCUCGGGGGACGUGGGUUUCUCCGAGACCCUGGACGAGCUGGCAUGGAACUUCACCUACGGGGCUCAGGGUGCGGGCAACGGCUCCCUCUCCGGCUUUUGGUACAAUAGGAAUCAGACUCACCUCUUUGGUGUAUUGCUGGCAGUUACAGGAAACUUAAUCAUCAGCAUUUCACUCAACAUACAGAAAUAUUCUCACCUUAAAUCGGCACAUCAAGGAAGCCAAAAGCCCUACUUCCGAAGUAUCUUGUGGUGGUGUGGGAGCCUUCUGAUGGCAAUUGGGGAGACAGGAAACUUUGCAGCCUAUGGACUGGCACCCAUUACUCUCAUUGCACCUUUGGGUUGCAUGUCUGUUGCAGGUAGUUCUGUUAUGUCUGUUACAUUUCUGAAAGAAAAUGUAAGAUCCUCAGACUUACUUGGUGUGACAUUGGCAUUUUCAGGAACAUAUUUAUUGGUGGCUUUUGCUCCAAACAUAACUCAGGAUAUCACAGCAAGAAAAGUACAGUAUUACUUUGUCGGCUGGCAGUUCCUGGCCUAUGUGAUCUUAGAAAUAUUAAUAUUCUGCAUCCUGCUGUAUUUCUAUAAAAGAAAGGAUAUGAAACACAUUGUCAUUUUGUUGACACUUGUGGCGCUUCUGGCCUCCUUGACUGUUAUUUCAGUGAAGGCAGUCUCAAGUAUGAUCAUUCUCUCUGUAAAGGGGAAAAUGCAGCUAACCUACCCUAUCUUUUAUAUCAUGUUCAUCAUCAUGAUGGCAUCUUGUAUUUUUCAGGUCAAGUUUCUGAACCAAGCCACACAGCUCUACAGUACAACCACAGUUGUACCAUUGAAUUACAUAUUCUUCACUACCAGUGCCAUUAUUGCAGGAAUCAUAUUUUAUCAGGAAUUCCUUGGGGCAGCCUUGCUUACUUCAUUCAUGUACCUUUUUGGGUGUUUUCUGUCUUUCUUUGGAGUGGUUUUGGUCACAAGAAAUAGAGAAAAUGAACAUUUACAACAAUCAUAUAUUGAUUUUGGACAGAUUCCUGGGAAACAAAUGUUGGACAAAAUCCAGCCAGAGGCCAAUGGCCAAACCUAUGGAACCUUGCCUGAUGAAAGCAACUCCACAAAGAGCCCAGGCGGAGAAAAGAAAGACAUCUGAAUGCCAAGAGGAAUGUUUGUUGGCCUGUUAUUCAAUACCACCUUUAAAGCAAACUGCACAUGUCCUGUUUGUGGCAAAAGUUAUUUUAUGGUGACAUUUGUUCACAUUGUGUCAGUGUUUCCUGCCUCCUCUCCUUUUGGGACAAUCAUGUGCCUGCUCAGCUUUGAGAAACUAAUGCUUUCUGAAAACCGAAAAGUCUAGAAAUGUAAUCCGAAAUUAUUUUAAUGUUCCAGACCUCUGACUAGUCAUCAUUUAUUUGUCCUUGUAAAGUUUAAAUAUAUCAUAGAUGAGUGUUUGUGUUUG